AGAUUUGUAUUCAUUUUCGUGACAGUCUGUUUGUUUGUUUCACUGCGUGGCCUCUCUCGCACCUCUUUCUUCUUCCUUCUUCAUCUCCCCAUCUGUCUUCCAUAGAUCCAUCCAUGGCUUCCCUCAUCGAAUCUGGUUGGCAGUACCUUGUGACACAUUUUAGCGACUUUCAACUAGCGUGCAUUGGGAGUUUUCUCCUCCAUGAAAGCGUGUUUUUCUUAUCUGGAUUCCCUUUCAUAUAUCUUGAAAGGGCAGGCUUUCUCAGCAAGUACAAAAUUCAGACAAAAAAUAACACACCUGCAGCCCAAGGAAAAUGUAUUACCCGCCUGCUGCUUUAUCAUUUCUGCGUGAACUUGCCCCUCAUGAUGGCUUCCUAUCCUGUCUUUAGAGCCAUGGGAAUGCGAAGCAGUUUUCCUUUGCCGUCCUGGAAAGAAGUGUCUGCCCAGAUAUUAUUCUACUUCAUCAUUGAGGAUUUUGUCUUCUAUUGGGGUCACCGGAUCUUGCAUUCAAAAUGGCUGUACAAGAACGUGCACAGUGUGCAUCAUGAAUAUGCCACACCAUUUGGUUUGACAUCAGAAUAUGCUCAUCCUGCUGAGAUUCUAUUCCUGGGUUUUGCUACCAUAGUCGGUCCAGCGCUCACCGGUCCUCACCUGAUUACUCUCUGGUUAUGGAUGGUGUUGAGAGUGCUUGAGACUGUUGAGGCGCAUUGCGGUUAUCAUUUCCCGUGGAGUCUCUCGAAUUUUCUUCCUCUGUAUGGAGGCUCUGACUUCCAUGACUACCAUCACCGACUGCUCUACACUAAGUCUGGCAACUACUCUUCAACCUUUGUGUAUAUGGACUGGAUCUUUGGUACUGACAAGGGCUACAGAAGACUGAAGACCCUUAAAGAAAAUGGUGACAUGAAACAAACGUGAAAUGGCCAGUUCGGAUUGCAUAGUACAUUUGUCACCGGAGAGGUCCUAUUCUGCAACCUCUCCUUUUCCUUAACAUUUUGUUUUCGGGUUGCUGCAACUGUCAUGUGUCUUAGUUUAUUAUGUGUGGCUAGAAUUGCUACAGAUGUGGCAUAUUUGGAAGAAAAAGAAACAUUCGGUACUUCAACUGAGUAUGUUGUUUGGGUUUGGCAAUUGAAGCAUUUGGUAUGUGUAAUCGAUUUUGAAGCUUAAUAUGCAAACGGGUAUAAACUUGGGGUUACUCGCUGAA